CUUCAAAAACGUGGAGCGCGUCGCUACCUGUCACCACACAACGAGGCCAUUUGAAGCGGGCCGGGCGCUUGCAUCUCCCCUGACCCCGGCGAAGAUCGCCUGGCAUCCACACACCCCCGCUGGUAUUACUUGCAUCUCCGCCAUUCCACUCAUUCGUCCUCGUUCCCAUCCUCGUCCCUCAUGUCCUCUUCCCGCCCGUCGUACGGUUGCAUGGCAUGGCGGCUGCCAGUCUUGAACCAUGGCAGCCGCUGCGAAUACCGAGCCGUUGCCUCGCACACCACGGCGGCAGACUCUUCCCCCCUCCCCCGGCUAGAACAUCCUUCCCCCCCCGCCAUCUUUUUUUGUAACCUUCCAUUGAUACCAUGCCAUUCUGGGCAGGUCAGGAACCUAGGGCCCUAAUGAGAUGCACUGGUGGCCGUUUCUUUGCCGCCGGGGCGGGAGGAGGUAAGCGAUUUGAGGAUGUCGUGGUAUAUUAGAAACGGCUGCCCGCCUGCACUACGGAACUUGUGUAGCCCACCCCUUCCAUCUACCACGGUUCAUCUCAUAUAUCGAGUGACGAAUCUGCUUCGGUUUUUCUUGAGUUUUUUUCAUUAUUUCCUAGUCUCGUAUUUCAUUGGUUUCGUUUGGGUUUUUACUUGCUUGAAAUUCUGGUUCGAUAUUUCCACUCUUCUGGGGAACGAAGCAUAAUCACCAACACCAUUAACCAACAACCGAACAUCAUCGAAUACCUUGACAUCCGCCUCUUUCUACUCCACAUUAUCACCCCCAACACACGCAAUCACAUAUUACCAACAUGCGUUGCUCAACACUGUUGGUGCCGGCUCUGGCAUCCCUUGCCCUUGCUGCGCCAGCCUACCCCACGCUCAACCUCCAGGCCGCUUUACCGGGUAGCAUCGAGCAAAUCUCCGAGUACUUCAACAUGCUGGCGACCAAGGUUCAGGCCACCAAGUACCUGUCAACCGCACCAGUCUGUGAUCUCUCCACGGCUAAGCUACCUGAAGCCGCAACCCAGACUCUCGGCAAGCCCAGAGACGGCCUCACUCUCAUGCACAUCGCCAUCGGCCGCGGCACCCAGAACUACACCUGCGACACCAGCAACUCGACAGCCGUCCCCGUCGCCACCGGCGCCGUCGCGACCCUCUUCAACGCCAGCUGCGUCGGCUCCCUGUACCCGGACCUGCUCGACAAGCUGCCCGUCGUGGCCAUGGACUUCAACCUCACCGAGGAGGAGACGAACCGCCGCCUGGGGCCGAGUAACCUCGCCAUCUCGGGCCACCACCUCUUCACCGGCAAGGGCGUCCCGCUCUUCAUGCUCGAGAACGACGGCGCGUCCGUCGGCGACUCGUACUGCGCCAAGAACGCGUCCAUGCCCGCGCCCCUCACGGCUCAGUCCGGCCAGCACGGCGAGGCGGCGGUUCCCUGGCUCCGGCUUCGUACCGUCGAGCCCAGCACCGGGGACGUCCAGGAGGUGUACAGGAUACACACCGUCGGCGGCAGCGCGCCGGCUUCGUGCCAGGGCCAGGCUGCUAACAUUGAGGUCCAGUACGCUACACAAUACUGGUUCUUUUCUGGGCCCGCCCAAUGAGACCGUUCCGGCUUGAUUAGCACCCGUUCUGCGACAGAGAAACAAUUGUUCUGAUUCGAAAGGCGUUGGAGGUGUUUUUGGGUUUCCGCAGAAAUAUGUCAUAGUUUGUUCUUAUUCGAUAUACCAUCAUGUAUUCCCACGGCAGUUAUAUAGGUCAUCAUCCUAUUGAUGAACUGUUGUGCUGUGGCUGGAAAUUAAGUCGGCCAGUAGACUGAAGCCGCUAGAUAACACUCGUAAUGGAAUGGUCGUCUGUUGAGUCUCGUGAAGCACACCGAGGUGUUUGUAUUGAUGCAGGAGUGAAUGUUUGUUCUGAUGUUUACAGGCAGGGGGAUCAACAGGGUGAAGGUGUUCGAAUCCGUAAACGGCGUGAACUUAAUAUGCCACCCUUUUGUCAUACUUUGUAAUUUGGAGGCCAAACUCAAUUAGAAGUGCUUGCUGCAUCCGUAAGGUGAGUUGACUACAAUGUAACGAAUCAGUUAAGGUCCCAAGGGAAUGAGAAUAAUCAAACAAU